UCUCCCCCUCUUUGAGAAGACAGACUGCACCUCCUCCUGACUCCAUCAUGGCAACUGCAUUCUACUCCCGGAGCUCCAUGGGGGGCUCCAGCCUUGGGCGAGCUUUCUCCGGGGGCUCAUCCAGAGGCAUGAGCUCCUUCAGCGUGGCUGGGGGGGCAGUGGGUGGCGGUUUGAGGGUCUCCCAGGCCAGCCGCAGCUUCUCUGCAGGUUUUGGCGGGGGUGCAGGUUUUGGCGGGGGUGCAGGUUUUGGUGGGGGUGCAGGUUUUGGCGGGGGUGCAGGUGGAGGAUUCGGAGGAGGGUCGGAGGACAGUGUGGUCGGGAACGAGAAGUUCACCAUGCAGAACCUGAACGACCGGCUGGCGUCGUACCUGUCCAAGGUGGCGAUGCUGGAGAAGGCCAACACAGAGCUGGAGCUGAAGAUCAGGAACUUUGCAGAAACCAAGAUCGGCCCCUCCGGCAAAGAUUACAGCGGCUUCUUGGCCACCAUCUCUGAGCUGCAGGCUAAGAUCCAGGACGGCCUCAUCGCCAGGGGGGCGGUGAUGCUGAACAUCGAUAACGCCCAGCUGGCUGUGGACGACUUCAGGAUGAAGUUUGAGAACGAGCUGUCCAUGCGUCAGUCGGUGGAGGCGGACAUCGCCAGGCUGAAGAUGAUGCUGACGGAGCUGGCUGGCAUCAAAAGCGACUUUGGCAUGCAGAUCGACAGCCUGGCGGCUGAGAGAGAGUCCAUGAAGACGGCCCACGAGGAGGAAUUGCUGUCCCUACGCUCUCAGGUGAGCGGUCAGGUGAACGUGGAGGUGGACGCUGCUCCUCAGCAGGACCUGACAAAGGUGAUGGAGGAGAUCCGGGAAUACUAUGAAGGUGUUGCUCAGAAGAACAGCAAGGAGCUGGACGGCUGGUUCAAUAACAAGAGGGAGGCUCUCGUCAAGGAGCAGGAGACGACAGAGGUCUCCCUGAAGACCACCGUGUCCGAGUCCAAGGAGCUGAGGGGUCAGCUUCAGAGCCUGGAGAUCGAGCUGCAGUCCCAGAUGAGCAUGAAAGCGUCUCUGGAGGCCUCGCUGCUGGACGUCCAGAACCGCUACGCCAUGACGAUGAGCGGCCUCCAGAACCAGGUGUUCUCCGCUGAGGAGCAGCUGCAGCGGCUGCGGGCCGACCUGGAGCGGCAGAGUCAGGACUACCAGAUGCUGCUGGACAUCAAGACCAAGCUGGAGAUGGAGAUCGGCGAGUACCGCCGGCUGCUGGACGCGGAGGCCUCAGGGUCCUCUGCCUCGUCCUCUUCAACCAAGACCAUCAUCAAGGUGGUGGAGCACACGGUCACGCAGUGAAGGCUCCGCCCACAGAGGCCCUGCUUUGGCCCGGAGACUUCAUCUUCAUCAUCAUCAUCUUCAGUGGAGCCUCCUAAAAGUUUCUGUCUGUCUUCUCCAAAAUAAAUCUGAGCUCCAACCACAA